UCCAUCAUAGCCUUGUUUUUAUUAUUUCAGAGCUAACUUGUCAGGCCGAAAGCCACCUGUUUUAAACCUUUAAAAAUGUCUUCAGACUUUGAAGCGUACGAGCAGGACUUUGGGACCGUUACGGCAGAGAUAACAAACAAAAUUGGAAAGAUUCCCAAACUAAGUGGAGAGGAGAAGACACAGCUGGUUCUAAAUGUCGACAAACAGCUUGAAGAAGUCAGAGAGUUGAUGGAGCAGAUGGACCUGGAGGUGCGGGAGAUCCCCAUCCAGAGCAGAGCCAUGUACAACAGCAGACUGAAGAGCUACAAGCAGGAGAUGGAGAAGCUUGAGAAAGACUUUAAAAGGUCACGUAUUGCCUACAGUGAUGAGGUGCGCAACGAGCUCCUGGGGGAUGACGCCAGCUCCUCGGAGGGCCAGAGAGCACAUCUGUUGGACAACACAGAGAAGCUGGAAAGGUCAUCACGGAGACUGGAGGCCGGCUACCAGAUAGCAGUAGAAACUGAACAAGUGGGACAAGAGAUUCUUUCCAACCUGCACAGUGACCGUGAGAAGAUCCAGAGAGCCAGAGAAAGGCUGAGAGAAACAGAUGCCAAUCUGGGGAAGAGUUCUCGCAUCCUUACCGGCAUGCUGAGAAGGAUCAUCCAGAAUCGUAUCCUGGUCUUCAUCCUCGGAGCCAUCAUCCUUCUCACCAUCAUCCUGGCCAUCUAUUUCAAUCUGCGGGGCCACUGAUCUCCCAUGUACACACACACACACACACACACACACACACACACACACACACACACACACACACACACACACACACACACACACACACACCCCACCCCCACCCCCAACACAAACACCAACACCAACACACUCGCGUGAUUAAUAGCGACAAAAGCGUUGUUCUGUUGUAAUUAGGACAAAUGGUCCCCAUGAAUCACUGUUUCCAAAGCCUGACAGGGAGCUUUUUUCCAUCUCUUUCUCCUUUCCUGUUUGCUGUUUCUUUUCUCUUUCUUUUUUCUUUUUUUGCUACCCUUUCGUUGUUUCUUUCUUUCUUUCUUUCUUUUUCCAUUCUCAUCUGUUUUUUCCUCUCUUACAUCUCCAGGGACACAAAUAGGGGGAGAUGUUUUUAUGAUAGUUCAUGUUUUUCAUGGUGUUGAUCUGUGUGCUUUCGCAGCCCAUCCUGUCCUCGGGGGCACAUGGCCUGGGAUUUUUUUUGUAACUCUAAGCAGACUCGGAUAUGUAGAUCUUUUUCUUUUCUGUGAUUGAGGUGCGUCAAGUGUUACUCAGGAUGUGUUUGUGCGCAUGCAUGGGAGACAGAGAGACAGAGAGGUGUAAGAGUGUUGUGUAUGUUAAGACAAGUGCAUGAGUGACAGUCAUAGAUUGGGGGCCCACACUAUGUUUGUUAUAAACACCAACAGUAGACACACAUACUGUUGUAUGUAUGAGAGUCUGCAACUAAAUGAUUCAGCUGUUCUUCAUGUAGCCCCAACACAGCACAGAGGACAGUGCCUUCAGAUAAGAUAUGCUGUUCAUGCUCCCCCUUUAAAAAGCUCAGCGGAGCCCAAAAUAGAUGAGUGGCACUGCCUUGAAACACGCGGAUGCACAUAAAAUGGUUCAGGUCAGUUCAACUUCAGUUCAGUCAAUCAAGGUGAAACUAUUUUUCAUUUUAAUAAGAUAAAACUCUAUUUUCAAUUUUUCAAUAGUUUUCAACUGUCGAAAAAAUAAAAUAAAACCAACUCUUUAAAUAUGUUUAAUACAAAAGACCUGUCCCCAACCUUGCAACAUACAAUACAUAAAUACAACACAGAUAAAGGUUUAUUCUUACAUUAUAACCAGCUUUCAUUACCACAUUUGGUACAGUGCCCCUGUAUUUCCCAAACACAGCUCAUUCCUCUUUUUUGAAAUAACUGUCAUUGUGGAAAAUGCUCGGCAUCAUACUGUAUGUACUAACAUUUAAAUCUACAUCAUGUAUAGUGUUUUUGCUCUCAAUACAAGUGAUUCUGUUACUAUUUAUUUGUAAAUGUAUAAAUGAGUUUUCAAUUAAAGAUUCUGUGCUAGAACUGUAUAUUUUAUGAAGUUAAAAUCUAUUCAAAGUGAAGAUUAACCAUGUGUUUUCUUCAGAUUUGGUUGUUCAGUGAUUAGACUAAAAUUCAGACUGCACAGCAGGACCAACUGAAUAGUGUUGAUUUCUAGUUUUGCGUCUUAAAGGUUUUUUUUCUGUUCUUAUACAGUAAAUGGAUCUUACUAGUUUGAGAGCUUGUAAGUUCUGAAGAUUGUGAUGCAGUCCUUGUUUCUGUGUUUAUCUGUACACUGACUGAUGAUGUGAUACAUUUGCAGGUGUUUGAAAAACGUGCGUUUGAGUUUACUGCUGUUUAAUUCUUCGGGGGAAAGCCAUUCUUCAGGGUAUUGUGGAAAAAGUAAAUUUAAGAGCAAGUUUGGAGAUUUUUCAGAAGUUGAGAUACAUGAAGGUAAUGCUCUGUACACCACAAAUACACACUCUCACACAGCCAUGCACAUACAGUAGAUGCACAGUAUUAGAUUGUGCAUGUGUCUCCUGUGGCCGGUGUGGCUGUUCCCAGCGAGGACAUUUGCUAUUCUGUUUCAGGGCCGCGGUCUUCAUUUUCAAAGAUGCGGGGGUGCCCCACACCCCCACCCUACCGACCACCAUUUCACAGGCCCUCACCAGCCGCAGCGCCGCCGUUUGCUUCAAAGCCUCAAAUUAAUGGCCAACAAAAUAGUGUGCCUCUGACCGUCCCAUGCGGGGCCGACCCACCAAGAGUUAUCAUUAAAGUCAAGGAAUAAUGAAAAAAGGAAAGGAGAAAAAAGGGGUGAGAAGGAAGGAAGUGAACAAGGAAGCAUGGAGGUGGGGGGUAAGGAAGGGAGGGGGUAAAAAUCCCUGGCAGUUUGACAAACCUCAUCUGGUAAUGACCCUCAGUGAUUGUUUUUUCACCCAGUGAACUGUGUGUGUGUGUGUGUGUGUGUGUGUGUGUGUGUGUGUGUGUGUGUGUGUGUGUGUGUGUGUGUGUGUGUGUGUGUGUGUGUGUGUGUGUGUCUCUGCAUGCGCAGCCUACCUGCGUGCAAAUGUGCUCUCUUCUCUUCCUCUCUCUUUCUCUCUGUCUUUCCCCCCCCUUCCCUUCCCUCUUGCCACCCCCCAGCCCCCUUUCUCUCUACCUCUCCUGCCACCUUUUCUCCUCCUCCCUGUCCUCCCCUCCCUUCUCCCUCCCUACCUCCCUCCCAGCCUGUCAGAUGAGCGGAGCGAUAUCUAGUGAGUGAGCGGUGGAAGGCAGCGUGGCGGCGGCUUCUAUUUGAAGUUGUAAUGGUGUCAAAAAGUCAGGGCUGACUGACAGACGUCAGUCCCACAGGGCCUCAUUAAAAACAGACCCACUUGACAAGGAAAUAAUUGAGCGCCGGCGACAACUCAGGGGCCCCUCUGCGUUUUUAGAUGUUUUUAUUUUCUUUUCAUUAUUAGUGCCGAGCUAUUAUGUUCAUUAAGAAAUGGCAUUAAAACAAGUUUUUAAAAGCGAGGAAAGGGAAGGAGGGGCAGAGGGAAGGCUGGAUGCAUAGAGGUGGGGAGAUAACGAUUUGUUUAGAGCCCCCAUCCUGUUUUAUUAUUUAAACAGGAGCACUGUCAUGUGAUACCUUGGCAGACGUCGGCUAUCAUCUGCCUCUCCUCCCUUUUUCCCCCUCUUUUUCUCCUUUUUUCCCCUUUACCCAUCCCUCAUUUUCCCCUGCUUUUAUGUUCCCCUUCUCUGUCCAUCUCUCUCUCUCUCUCUCUCUCUCUCUCUCUCUCUCUCUCUCUCUCUCUCUCCACCUGCCCAUCUCUCCCUUUCCGUCCCUUUCUUUCUCUCCCUCUGAGCAGCGGGUGUCGUCGGAAUAUGAACUAGAUUAUUCAUCAAUGCCCCCCACGCCCCUCUACCACUCCCCCCAUUCACUGAUUUGGUUUUCGACAAGCGUCUCACCGCAGAAGGCUGAGGAUGAAAACUUGUCAAAAAUAGGUUAUAUCUUAUUCCAAGGGGCAACAAUAGCAGCAGGUACAGACACCUUUUAAUAUUUAAUUUAGACGGGUGUUAACCCUCCUUAAGUGACUGGAGCUGUGUCUUCCAUACAGACACCAGGGCCCACAUGCAUAUACGAUGCGUACGCACAAAAACCAUGCAUACGCCUUUUCCUGCACAUAGACUGGUAUUUAUAAACACAACAUUUGCAGUGAAAAUGUGAACACCUCACACUUUCUUCAUGCAUUCUUCAUUCACGUUUUUCUUAAGCAAUCUGAGGGUGACGCGACGAGGUGGAGAUGAAAUAUAAGGUGAGAGACAGAAUCUUUCAGUAAAACACUGUGUAGGCUGACAACCAGCUGCACUGAUUGUAUGAUUGUUUUUUGCGUUUUAACAGAUUUGUAAAAUGCCAAUCAAAGGCACAUUUAUUAAGGUAACAUUGGUUAAUUACUUUUGUGUGAUUAAUUUGAUCACUCUUAAUUUACAUUAAAGUCAACAUUUUAUUUUGCUGUUAAUAUUCUUUUAUUAUAACUUUAGUUGUGUCACACCUCAUAACGUCUGUUUAGACAUGAGAGCAACAAACUAAUCAUUGAUUACAUUUUUGAUACAUCCCUGCCUAUGAUAGCUCACAGGUCCAUGUGAUGAAUUACUGAUAUGGCUGCUAUGAAGAGCUGCACAGCAGUGCAUAAUGGUCAAGUGUAAUGACUGUUUUUUACUGUUGGAGAACCUUGCUGGUGAAACUGCACUUCUUUCCUAUUUGUUUCAUUGAUAGUUGUAGACUGAUGUAGGAAGCGGUGAACUGAUAUGAAAACAGCUGGUUGAGGGCAUGUCUUCAACCAUUUAUGGCUAAUUGUGAGAGUGGAAAUGAGGCUCAAGCACACGCAUUCAGUUCCUCAAUGACUGAAAUGUAUAAACAAGAACCAUGCAUAGCACAGCUUUAAAAAUCUGAUGAGAAGAUGCGUAUUUCUGAAUUUGUUCGUACACACAGUCUUAGUCAUGACAGAGUUUUAUGUAUCUGGUCCCAAGAGAGAAACUGGGGGGAAAGGGAGCAAGAGAGAGCGAUCAAUUAUAUAUGUGUCUGAGAAGUGAUUUUGAAGCUCUCCCUGCGUUCUCCUGUUUGCUAGAGACAGUUUCUAUACCAACCAUGUCCUUAGCCUGGCUGUCCUGUGAAAGUGAAAAAAUAUUUUCACUCAAAUCACAUUUAGUUCCAAACGCUGCUGUGCCUUUUUGAUACAGUAAUGAUAACACAAGUGAUCGUAUAGCAAUGGUUAUUUCAUCAGCAGAAAUUAUUUUCCAGAGGAAUUAUCUUUUACACCACUGUCAUGUCUGUCAUCAAGAUCCCUUGUGCCCAGCUCAGCAGUUAUUAUUGCCUUUACUGGCCUUCCCUACAUGGUUUCCAUGAAAGUUUAAAAAAAGGAACGUUCUUCAACAAGGAACCUCUGUGAUGCUCCACCAUUACAAGAAGCCUGAUGUUUGUCAGCCAUUUAAGACGACAAAGGAUUGUGACAAGUGUCAUUUGAGCUGUCUGUCCCCCAGUGGAGGGCGGGCCUUAAACAGGACAAACAACUCCAGUGGUGGGAUUACAACGCGAGGGUGGGCGCUUCAUCCGCAGGAGUGUCCAUGACGGUGCCAUCCCCCACUACACACACACCCACACAUACACACACACGUGUUAAAAGACGCCCUGCCACAACAGCUACCAAGAAAAACCCACAAUGGCACUGUUUGAGAACUACAAUGAAUCUUCUACUGUUUGAUUCAACACACACACACAAAAGCACACAUGCACUAACGCACAUACGGUGGACACCCCCCCAAUAAAAAGACACACACGCUCUAGUGUACAGCUGUUAGAAGAGGAGCCAUGUUCUCCGUUUGUACACGCCACCAGUCCUAGCAGAAUGGCUUUCUUUCUCUCUUCGGCCCUUUAUCUGUCUUUUCUUUCACCCCCAUCAGUGCUGUAGACCAUUUUAAUGGUGUUUGUGCUCACAAAGCGAUGACAAUGGCCCCCAUUAUUUAAGGAAGUCACAGGGGCUGCAGCCAUACAUACAUGGAUGUUUGUAUGCCUGUGUGUGCAGGAUGUGUCCCCCUGUUUGGUUGAGAUGGAGCUGGAGUACUUGGAUUUAAAAGGUUAUGUUGAAUUGUCUAUAUGCACAAAUAUCUGUGUCCAUCGGUAAUGUCUGUGUGACUCAUAAUUCCUGUCGACCAGGAUGUACAGUCUUCAUCUUGUUUCCCACAGUAAGACAAGUCAGACUGAGCUGCUUCCAAAACUCUGUAAAAUACUUCUGUGAUCUCUGUCAGUGUCUGUUGUUAAAUAUCUGUCAUUAAAGCAGUUCUGCA